UUACGACUUCCGGUUCUGCUGGCUGUCCGGGAAACGGUUGGCUUCCGGUCGCGCAGCGGUGGGCGGAGCCAAGAUGGCUGAGGAGAAACUUAGGAUGAAAACUCAGGUUCCUGAAUCUCAAAAACCCAGACCAAAAAAAGCUCUCGAGUUUCCUAUUGUGGAGAAACAGAACUGGUUGAUCCAUCUCCACUAUAUCCGGAAGGAUUAUGAAGCAUGCAAGGCUGUGAUCAAAGAACAGCUUCAGGAGACUCAGGGGUUAUGUGAAUAUGCUAUCUAUGUCCAAGCACUGAUUUUACGCCUGGAAGGAAAUAUCCAAGAAUCCCUAGAACUCUUUCAGACGUGUGCUGUUCUCAGCCCUCAGAGUGCUGAUAAUCUCAAGCAGGUGGCCAGAUCUUUAUUUCUUCUGGGAAAACAUAAAGCCGCCACUGAAGUAUAUAAUGAAGCAGCUAAACUUAACCAGAAAGACUGGGAGAUCUGCCAUAACCUGGGAGUGUGCUAUACUUAUCUAAAGCAGUUCAACAAGGCACAAGACCAAUUGCACAGUGCCCUCCAGCUUAACAAGCAUGACCUGACUUACAUAAUGCUGGGGAAGAUCCACUUACUGGAGGGAGACCUGGACAAAGCCAUUGAGAUCUACAAGAAAGCAGUCGAGUUCUCACCAGAAAAUACAGACCUUCUUACAACUUUAGGAUUACUCUACUUACAGCUUGGUGUUUACCAGAAGGCAUUUGAACACCUUGGGAAUGCACUGACCUACGACCCUGCCAACUACAAGGCCAUCUUGGCAGCAGGCAGCAUGAUGCAGACCCAUGGGGAUUUUGAUGUUGCCCUCACCAAAUACAGAGUUGUAGCUUGUGCUAUUCCAGAAAGUCCUCCACUUUGGAAUAACAUUGGAAUGUGUUUCUUUGGCAAGAAGAAAUACGUGGCAGCUAUCAGCUGCCUAAAACGAGCCAAUUACUUGGCACCCUUCGAUUGGAAGAUUCUGUACAAUCUGGGCCUUGUCCAUUUGACUAUGCAGCAGUAUGCAUCAGCAUUCCAUUUUCUCAGUGCAGCUAUCAACUUCCAGCCAAAGAUGGGGGAACUCUACAUGCUCUUGGCUGUGGCUCUGACCAAUCUGGAAGAUACAGAAAAUGCGAAGAGAGCUUAUGCAGAAGCUGUCCGCCUGGAUAAGUCUAACCCUUUAGUAAACCUGAACUAUGCUGUGCUGCUGUAUAACCAGGGUGAGAAAAAGGGUGCCCUGGCUCAGUACCAGGAGAUGGAGAAGAAGGUCAACUUUCUCAAGGACAACAGUCCUCUGGAAUUUGACUCUGAGAUGGUAGAGAUGGCUCAGAAGUUGGGAGCUGCCCUCCAGGUUGGAGAAGCACUGGUCUGGACCAAACCAGUCAAAGAUCCCAAGUCAAAGCACCGGACCAAUUCAGCUAGCAAAUCUGCUGCUCUCCAGAAGACUCUCGGCACCUUUCAAGCUCUAGGAGAGGCGAUGGCUUCAGCAGCUGCAUACAGGAAACUCCCUUCAGGUGCUGUAGGGGCCCAGCUCACAAAGCCACCAUCACUUCCACUGGAGCCAGAGCCAGAGCCCACCGUGGAGGCAAGUCCAACAGAAGCAUCAGAACAAAAGAAAGAAAAAUAGCAACAAACACGAGAAAAACAGGAUGACCCUGGAGUAGGGGGUCUCUUAGGUGAGACCACAUAGAAGAUGGUCAUAUGACCCAGGCAGAUGGAGGCCAGCCCUGUUCCCUGGAUGGACACUGCAGAAUUAAAACAGAACCCAGGGUGCAUUGUGAUGAUCAGGAGGAGCCUAAGGCCCAUGCAGCUCUUGGCUGGCCCCAUCAUCCAGGAACGAGGGAGAAGACAUGCUAGAUAGGCUUGAGGCCCUGCACGUUUAGCUCCAAGACUCAGCAAGGCAAAUGAUCAAAGACUAUCACUCGAUGAAGGACUUUUAUCUUGAUAAAGGGGAAGGGACCUCUGCUCAGUAGCCUGUGGUAAUGAAGCCUCAUACUAACUGGACUGUGGAAACACAUCAGUCCCUACUGUAACACAAACCUUGAAUUGAGAACCUAGUUAAACAGGAUCCCCUCCCUUCUUUUAGAUUAAGUUGAGACCCAAUCUGGAAUAUAUCCUAGCUAUAUUUGCUCAGAGUCUAAAACAAGUCUUUAUUUUUAUUCUUAAAAGAGGUUAGAGUCUGGAGCCAGAUCAUGUCAGUAUAAGUAGUAGGAGUCAAGGCUGGUCUGGAAUUGGCACCAAGGAUUUAAAGAAAAGGGUGUAGGUAGGGUGACUGAGGACAGAGAUCAGUUGCUAGAGUACUUGCUCAGCUUGCACAAGGCUGUACAGUACAGCUGAAAAAGAACAAAGCUCUUAGCCAAGGAAUUUUAACCAAGACAAUCAAUGAUGAAUGCUGACAGAUGCCCUCCUGGCCCAUUAGCGGCCUCUGUAAAGAUUAUGGACCACCAAGAGGUCGCAUUAAAAGCUUUUUUUUAAAAAAAAAAA